UGGUUCAAUCCAUUCUGUUUCGUGUAAAUGCGAACGUGUAUUAAAUUACCGAACAUGUAGUUUCGGUUUAGUAAGCGAUCUGAAGAAGUUUGAAAUUUGUUUUAGCAGGGAAACUAGAGAGUUGAAAGAAGUACCGUGCGGCAAGCCAAUUAAGAAAGUACUGCUGGGCGUUAUCGUUUUAAAUCGAAGGGAUCUAAUAUAUGAAGAAACGAAGAAAGUUUAACAUAAACAGGACACAUCAUUCUUUAUCGGAUAUAUACCCUAUACAGAAACGUUCGCUUAGAUUGAAGGAAGAUUGUUUUUCAAGUGUGUGUGGCAAAGAACUGAACUCUUCUGCUUGAUAAAAAUAACUGAACUCUUCUGCUUGAUGAAAAGAACUGAACUCUUCUGCUUGAUGACAAGAACUGAACUCUUCUGCUUGAUGAUUUAUUUCAUAAGUCGACGUGAAUGAACUAUUCUAUAAAUCUACUUGAAAAAAAAACUCAAUUAUUUAUGUGGAUGAAUAUCUAAGGUAACCGUGACACUUUGAUGUGCAAUUCAGGAAACAAUUUUGGAUGAGUAAGCUAUAGUGAUUUGCUGUUUGUUUGUUUAGACCUAAACUAUUGGAUUGUUUUAUUCAAGGUGAAUAUGUAUAUGGUACAUAUUAAAAUAAUGUAUGUACAAUAUAAAUGCUAAUUAAAGGCACACUUUUAUGAUAUUUUUUACAAUGACUAUAAGCAUGUUUUGUCUGAAAAACGAGAUGUUUAGUUUCAUUUGAUUUUUGUGGUCACAUUCCUUGUUAAAAAUGAGACAACGAGUUUUGUGUAUUUUCAUUUUCUCUGUAUUGUCACAGUUUAUAGUUUUUAUAGUUUUUCUUUUCAUAAAAAACUUUGAAUCUAAUCAAAUUUUUAUUGAUUCAUCGAUAUUACGUGAGCACGUUAAUUAUGACAAGAAUUCAACCAAAGGUAUCGCAAAACCUGUCGAGAACUCGAACUCAAUUGCAACGUAUUUCAACAGCACAUGCUUAAAAAACAUUACUUUCAACAAAAGCAUGAUCACGGAAACAACCUGGAUUCCCGUUGACACCAGCAACUCUACAUUUGUGUUUUCUGCCUUUUACGAGCACGCAGCAAAACACGUGAUACUUGUGGGACUAAAAUCACGCGACGUUCAAGGCACGUGCCAAAUGUGGUUCGAGGCGGGAAACGGGAUGCAAGCAAGAAUGGAAGAGAGCGUUCUGGAAAUGCAUAAAUAUCUUGCGGAAAACCAUGGACACAGAUAUGCUGCAUCGAUAUUCCGAUGUUCAUCGCCGCAUGGAAAGCCCACGUAUGUGUCAGUCGUUGAAACGAGCUGCCAACAAGCGUCAAAUCUGAUUGUCGUAAAGGGGUCCGAAACACGAAAGGCAUACAAACGCAAGUUUACGGUAUGCCUGAUGCCGUUGUUUGGGAAUUUCAGCGACGUUCAUUCGCUCGUUGAAUGGGUUGAACUAAAUAUUUUACUAGGGGCCGAGAAGUUUUUGGUGUACCAUUAUUCAUCAGCUGAAAACAUUCGUUGUGCUUUACAAAUGUACGUGAAGCGGAACAUAGUUGAAAUCGUGCAAUGGCCAUUACCAGUUUCAAAUGUUUACUACAUAGGACAAGUCGCAGAGCUUCAAGAUUGCUUGUAUCGCAAUAAAGCAGAAUCUGAAUUUGUCGUAAAUUUGGACCUUGACGAGUUCAUAAUUCCUAGGAAGGAGAGCUCACGUACAUGGGCGGAUAUCGUAGCGAAUUCGAAAUCCGGAUCAUUUAUUUUCUGCAAUACAUUCUUCCUAAAGGAAACUCUCGACAUGAACAGUUCAAGCAAUGUUUUGGCAAAACAAUUUAAGUUGUAUUCGUUGCUUUUAUCGAAACACGAGCCAAAAGUCUGGAAGCACAAAGCCCGAUCGAAGUACAUUGCCAGAACAGCGAUGGCAACAUCGCUUAUGAUACAUGAGGUUCCAAUUUCGAACUCGCAAAUAGAACUGGUUUCGGAAGAUCAGGCGAUGUUGUUUCACUACCGGAAUUGGGAAAACAAGAAUGUCAGUACUGACAACUUUGUGACCGAUGAAACAAUCGCUCGGAAAUACGGAGAUGCUUUGGUUGCGAACGUGAAACGAACUUGGAAUGAAAUUGAACAGCACAGUUCGAAAUAUUGCAAACAUCCUACUAAUAAAACAUUGUAAUCAGUGAUAAAAAAAAAUUGGCAAAAAGCAUGGUUCUUAAAAUUUGCAUUGAAAUCAAAUAAUUGCGAGAUCAACCAUAAAUUCAUGAAACCCUUUUGAACGUGAUAUAUGCAGCUUAAAUGUUUCAUUAUAUAGUAUGACUGUUAUGUUUUAUCAGUAUAUUUCUGUUUGUGAUUAACCAUCAACCGAGGCAUUGGUUAAUUCACGUUUAAAGUAUCUUUCCAAUGAAUUCAUAUGUGUGAAGAUUCAAAUUGCAUACGUCAGUAAUGGGCUAGAUAUUGUUUUUGUGAUUUGCUAAAAAACAACGUGAUACUC